AGAAAGCUUAGCACGGGGUUUUCAUUAGAUUGGGAAGAAACCAUUAAAUCAAACAGCCCAGACAAGCCAAGAAGACCCAGAAACCUAAGAUCAAGACCAAGAACAAGAACGAGAACAGAACAGAACAAGAACGGGAUCUCUCUCUCUCUCUCUCUCUCCGGGGUGCUGCGAUUCUGUGUUGGAAAUGAGGAAACGCACGAUAUAUACUUGGGGAGCGGCGAUUGUUUGCUUCGUAGUGCUGAUGCUAGUGACUCCCGCCAUUCCUCAAUCGGAGGAAUAUCAUGAUUUCGCUGACAAGCGCGAGUUCUUCGUUUAAUUUUGCAGGCAUACCUAAUACGCUGAAUGUAGUUUCAAACUUUCCAUUCCUUGUUGUGGGUCUUGUUGGUCUGGUACUUUGCUAUUAUGGCAAUUAUUUCAAGCUAAGCUCGCAAGGUGAGCUUUGGGGCUGGACAUUCUUUUUUGUUGGUGUUGUUGCAGUUGCUUUUGGAUCCUCUUAUUACCAUCUCAAACCAAAUGAUGCUCGUCUUGUUUGGGAUCGCCUUCCGAUGACUGUCGCAUUCACUUCAAUAGUUGCAAUCUUCAUCAUUGAAAGGAUUGAUCAGCAUAAGGGAACAGUGUCAAUCAUACCGUUGCUCAUGGCUGGCAUAUUAAGCAUUUUAUAUUGGAGGUUCUUUGAUGAUCUUCGCCCAUAUGCUCUUGUCCAAUUUCUGCCUUGCAUCGCCAUACCGAUUAUGGCUAUAAUAUUACCGCCAAUGUAUACACAUUCAUCGUACUGGCUUUGGGCUGCAGCAUUUUACCUUAUAGCUAAGGUGGAAGAAGCAGAAGAUAAAUUGAUUUACAGAUGGACUCAUCAUAUUGUUAGUGGACACACACUGAAGCAUCUGUGUGCAGCAAUGGUUCCUGUUUUCUUGACACUCAUGCUAGCAAAGAGAGCUAUAGAGCUAGAGAGGCAAAGUCUGCUGGUAACAUGGAAGGUUUCCUGGUAUAGAUUUAAAGAGAAGAAUUCAAGUGGAGAGAGAUACAACUGCACCUAUUCAAAUGUUUCAGUUGUCGAGUCGUGAUGUGCUUUGUACAUGCUCUGUCGACAAAGUUCUCCCCAUGUAUAUGGACUGAAGUUCUACUAACACAAAAAAUCUUCUAACAUCCAGAUCAUACCAGUUGGAGCUACUUUAAUGUGUUGUAUAUAACAAUGGAUUUGCUUUAUCAAGUCCGCUUUACCUUCGAGUCUUGAACCAUGUUUUACAUAAUGUUCUCUUUAAUAAGGCAAAUACAUCAUUGAUAUGUUUGACAUUCUUUAUCA